AGUCUGUGUUUUCCGUGCAAAGCAAGUGGAAGAUUUUGCGUUUCUUCGCGAGAAAAGUGAAACUGAAUUCUAAAAAAAACUGUUUUUAAUCUUUGAAGAUAAUGUUAACUGAAGUCCUAGUGCUAGUGGCUUUAGCCAUAAUUAUCUACCUAGUUUAUCGUGCUGGGACAAAGAAUGAAAAUUACUUUGUCGAAAGAGGGUUGAAGUUCAAAAAGCCCUUGUUUCUCAUUGGAAACUAUCUGCCAAUUUUUCUGCGGAAAACAAGCUUGUUUGAAUAUACGAGGGAUAUAAGUAAGGAUUUUCCGAAUGAAAAAUUGAUGGGACAUUUUGACUUCCGCCGACCAAUUGUGGUUAUUCUUGAUCCUGAAAUUGCAAAGCAAGUGUCCGUUAAGAAUUUUGAACAUUUCAUAAAUCACCAAGAGAUAUUUAGUGAGGCCUUUGAUCCAGACUUUGGAAAUUCCCUCAUUGCUCUCAAAGAUCAAAAAUGGAAGGAUAUGCGAUCAACUCUCAGUCCUGCUUUCACAGGAAGUAAAAUGCGUCAUAUGUGCGACUUUAUCGUUGAAACUUGUGAACAAAUGGUGGACUACCUUGAGAUGGAAAUUGACCUAAAAGGUCCUCAAACACUCGAAGUAAAGGAAUUACUUUCCAGAGUAACAUUGGAUGUGAUUGGAACUUGUGCCUUUGGAGUUCAAGUGAACUCCUUCAAGGAUACAAAGAAUGAAUUCUUUAUAACAGCCAAAAAGCUAGUCAACUUUCGAAGUAAACUCCUUCAAAUUAAAUUUCUCAUGCUUAUGAUGAUGCCAAAAGUAAUGGAGCUCCUCAACAUUAAGCUAUUUGACAAAACAAGCAAAUUUUUCUUAAAAAGUAUUGUUCUAAAUUCAAUGAAAAUGCGAGAGGAGAAAAAGAUCAUUCGUCCUGAUAUGGUACACCUCCUUAUGGAAGCCAAAAAGGGCACUCUAACACAUACGGAUAAUGAUAAGGACACUGCAGGAUUUGCAACAGUUGAAGAAUCCAGCAUCGGAAUGACAACUACAAAGAGAAGUUGGACCGACACAGAACUCGUAGCUCAGUGCUUUGUUUUCUUCGUUGCUGGAUACGAAGGAAUAGCCAAUGCUGCGAAUUUCUUUUUGUACGAAUUAAUGGUUAAUCCUGAUAUUCAAGAGAAGCUCUACGAAGAAAUUACCGAAUCCCAUCAAAAUCUUGAGGGAAAAUCAUUGAAUUACGAAACACUUCAGAAACUAAAAUAUUUGGACAUGGUGGUUUCGGAAUUCUUCAGAAAAUGGUCAGGACCAGCCCUGGAUCGUAUCUGUACGCGGGAUUUUACCCUGAAGUACGAUGGUGAUAAGGAGUACACCUUCAAGAAAGGAGAUAUGAUUUGGAUUCCAACUGUUACUUAUCACCACAACCCUAAAUUCUUCCCGGAUCCUGAAAAACUCAUUCCUGAGAGAUUCAGUGAUGAGAAUAAACAUUUAAUUCAACCGUUCACGUACGCACCUUUUGGUUUAGGACCAAGAAAUUGUAUUGCUUCUCGAUUUGCCUUGAUGGAGAUUAAGUCAAUCCUCUACCACGUAGUGCUAAACUUUCACUUGGAACCCACAGAGAAGACCCAGAUACCCUUGAAGAUGGGUAAAGGUUUUAUAGGACCAAUAUCUGACAAACCAAUUUUGAUUCAAUUACGUCCACGAGAAAAUAAAUAAUUUUAUUUUCUUUGAUCCGGUAUACGUUUAUCUAUAUUACUUAUUGAUAUUUUCAAUUAGUUUUAUAAAUAGAAUUGUAGGUAUUUUAUUUCUUAAUCACUGUGUAAUGCACAAUUUUAAUAAAAUUAAAAUAUUGGAGCACUACAAAGCACAAAAAUAAGAUACUCAGGGUAACCAAAAAAUAAAUAAGUUUUAAUAAAA